UUGCGACAGUGGCCGCGGUCCGGGACCCGAGAGCCCAGGGCAGUCGCCGCGCAGUGCGGUGCGGGGGUCCCGUCGGCGUCUGGGAGCCGUGGCUCGGGGUCGCGGAGCCACUAGGAUCCGCCGCGCGCGUGGCCCGGGGCGCCGAGCCGCUGGAGAUGAGGAGGAGGACGGCGGGGCUGAGGCGGAGCGGCCGCGGCCCCCGGGAGUGACAGUCGCCCCGUCGGGAUUUCCCGCUCCCCCUUCCCCUUCCCCCUCAGGGCCCGGGCCCUGCGUGCGCCGUGAGGGGCGGGCGUCCCGACUUGGCGAGCUGAUGCGGACUCGCUUUUGAGCGGCUAAGGGACGAGAGGAGCAGCCCCAAAAUGGAGGACUUUAGUACCAGGACCUACGGGACCAGCGGCCUGGACAACAGACCUCUGUUCGGGGAGACGUCUGCCAAGGAUCGAAUCAUCAAUUUAGUUGUUGGCAGCUUAACCACCUUAUUGAUUCUAGUGACACUGAUCAGUGCUUUUGUUUUCCCUCAACUACCUCCCAAACCACUGAAUGUAUUUUUUGCUGUCUGCAUCUUUUUGAGUAGUAUUACUGCCUGCAUACUUAUCUACUGGUAUCGGCAAGGAGAUUUAGAACCGAAAUUUAGAAAUCUAAUUUACUACAUCUUAUUUUCUAUCGUCAUGUUGUGUAUAUGUGCGAACUUGUACUUCCACGACGUGGGAAGGUGAAGCAGCCCAGAGUACUCACCAGGACUCUAUCUAUGGGAAUCAACGGCUGGACAAGUAUGCUGAAAGAAUCCUCUCCGAAGUCUGCACAUGAUUUUCAUGUUAACUGUAACUCUGAACUCCCUCUUGCAAGGGAGCUGUAUCCUAGAUGUCCGCUUUCCUUUAAGAAGCUGAAACAUUCCAGCCCUCAAAUGACAAAGUAUUUUCACUUUUGAAAAUAAUUUUUUUUACACUUUAAGUGCACGGCUCAAAUCUUUCAUUUUAAGACAAAUACUCUUUUAUUUCUGUUAAACUGAAUAUACAAUUAUUGUUCCCUAGGCAACCAACUUUUGCUUAUUACUACAGUUUCACAUUAAUAAAACAGAUAGUGAAAAGACAACUCUGAUUGUGAAGAUCUAAUUACAAUAAUAAAUAAAAUAAUUUAUA